AGAAAAUGAUUCUUACAUGUUCUUUUAAUCGCAGGUAAUAAUGCAAGGUGAAAGUGUAAUACCUGAAUUACUGUUUAUGACGUCAUAUGUCAUCCGUCUGUCAGUGCUUGAUUGUCAGUGAACAAAACAAAAGUACAAAAUUGACUAUAGUCAAUAAAUUAUAUUAUAUUCGAAAUUUUUAAUUGAAACACUAUUAGAUACCUGAAUAAUGCAUCUAAACGCAGACAUAUCGAGCGCAUUACAACUACUUGAAGACAUCAAACAUAAAGUGGACGAUUUGGGAGAUGCUAAGCUACAAGUUAAUACAUACCAAGAUUUGAACCUUUUAAUAUCUGUAUUGGAAAAUCCAGUUUUCCGAAGUAUUGUGACUGUUCAGGAUUCAUUGAGUGAAUUGAAUCAGCAAUUAGGUCAACAUCCAUCUAUUCUUCCAGUUGAUUUUGACAUUCCUCCCUCUGGAGAAUUGAUUUUAAAUGUUCCACCAGCUGGUGACUAUGACCAUGAUUAUGCGGACGAAUAUCCAGCUACCAGAGAUUUUGAUGAGCAGAGAGUUCCUUCGGCACCCAUUUCACCCUGUUCUCCUCAAGUUCAUACAUUCAAUUCGACAGAGACCAAGUUGGCUCUACUGAACGGCAAAUCUUUGAAUGGAUCAAUAUGUAAUAAGGAGACGCUAAGGCAUCUUCAAAAUCAGGGUUACAAUUCUCCUGAUGAGGAUAUCAUACAUAGGUCUCCUUCUGUUGGUAGUGAUACCUCAAAAACUGGAUCUGAUUCAAUUAUUAGUAGUGAAUGGUCACAAGUAGAAAGUAUAGACUUGAUUAAUGAUGGAACUGGUCUUGGUUUCGGAAUUGUGGGUAUGAAAAAUAUGGGAGUGGUGGUUAAAACUAUUUUACCAGGAGGAGUAGCUGAUAGAGAUGGAAGAUUACAAAGUGGAGACCACAUUCUACAAAUUGGAGAUGUAAAUUUGCAUGAAAUGGGUUCAGAGCAAGUAGCUACAGUAUUGAGGCAAUCAGGUACCCAUGUGAGAUUGGUUGUAGCAAGGCCAGUUGAUAUAACAUCAACUGAUUAUAAAUAUCUUGGCUCCUCAGCGCCAUUAGUUCCAACUAGAUUACUGAGUGAUGCAACAGAAUUAGAUAAAUAUCUUGUUCAACAUAAAUACGUUCCAAUGUUUGUUAAAAGUAUAGAACCAAUAACAGAUAUAUCAAUGUACCAAUUUGAUCAAACAAAACCCAAGAGUUAUGUUGGAUUAGCUAGGGUACCAGCAUCACCAUCUCUGCCUCUGUUGAAUUUAGAUUUAUCUGUUAAAAUACCAGAAAUGGAAAAAUUUGUUGUUGAACUCAAGAAAGAUGCAAAUGGUUUAGGUAUCACAAUUGCCGGAUAUGUCUGCGAAAAAGAAGAAUUAUCUGGUAUAUUCGUUAAGAGUGUUAAUAAGGGAAGUGCAGCCGAUUUGAGUGGAAAAAUCAAAGUCAAUGACAGAAUAGUGGAAGUAGAUGGUCAGUCGCUGCAAGGUUAUUCCAAUAUUCAAGCUGUGGAAGUUCUGAGAAACUGUGGCAGCGUGGUCAGGUUAUGCUUGGAAAGAUACUUACAUGGACCAAAAUAUGAGCAACUGCAACAAGCCAUUGCUGCAAGUGAAAUUAAGCCUUCAAUGAGUCCUUCACCACCAGAAGUGCCACGAUUUCCUAGCAGUGAGGAUUAUUUUGGAAGGAGCUCAGGGUUGGGUAGUAUGGAAUCGAAAUUCAGCUCAUUCCCAAGAAGCCUUGAUAAUAUUGACAAUUCCCCUAAACUGACAGAGAAAGAAAUAAUAGCAAAAUGGCAAAAGAUCGUUGGUCAUGAAACUAAAAUAAUUGUUGCGUAUUUAAAGAAGUUUGGAGAAAGGAGCGGACUCGGCAUCAGUUUAGAAGGUACAGUAGAUGUGGAAGAUGGUAAGGAAGUCCGACCCCACCAUUAUAUAAGAUCGAUAUUGCCAGAAGGACCUGUUGGGAAAAGUGGAAGUUUAAAGUCUGGAGAUGAACUGUUGGAAGUCAACGGACAUAAAUUAUUAGGCAUGAAUCAUCACGAGGUUGUUAGCAUUUUAAAGGAUUUACCUGUUAAUGUUUGCAUGGUUUGCGGUAGAAGUCCCUUAAAUUUGUUCGAACAACGAAAUGGAUCACAUGAUUCUUUGUUCGCGGAAAGAUCAGUUUUAUCGAGAAGUCUGCAUAAUCUUGUACCCGCCACAGAUCGAUUAGUUAAAGCCAAAUCGGACGGUUCCUUGGCCAGUAGUAUUUCAGCAUUAAAUAAUUCUGAUUCAAAUUUUAACAAGAUGAAAUCUCGCUCUUUAGAACCUUUAACUGGCUUAGCUAUGUGGAGUUCUGAACCUCAAGUUAUAGAACUAAUGAAGGGUGAGAGGGGGUUAGGUUUUUCAAUUUUAGAUUAUCAGGAUCCUAUAGAUCCUAAUAAUACAGUCAUUGUUAUAAGAAGUUUGGUACCUGGUGGUGUUGCUCAAUUAGAUGGUCGAUUGAUACCUGGUGAUCGGUUAUUGUUUGUCAAUGAUACAGUUCUCAAAAAUGCUUCUUUAGAUCAGGCUGUUCAGGCUUUGAAAGGUGCUCCCAAAGGGAUUGUUAGAAUUGGGGUUGCUAAGCCAUUACCAUUGCCCGAUAGUUUAUCACAUAGUUCGGUCUUAGAAGUAGAUCAGAGAUUUGCGCAAAGUGUUCAAGGAUAAUAUCUCCUAAGCGGAAAUGAUAGCAGACCAAGACAAAAAUGCAGCUAUUUUAAUGCUUGAGAAAUGUUCUAUUCUACUUUUUUACAAUCAUAUUCAAACUAUAUAAUUUGCACCCUUUAAGAAGUAUGUAAAAUAUCACUUAUAACGUUCUAAUAAACGGCAAAUAAUACGCGUGCAUAUUUUUCCAUAAUAAUCUCGAUUGUAGAAAGAAUAUUGAGCAACUUGUGUAAAGGGUCUUUAUAUUUUCAGUAUUGUUUUUAUCCAACUACUUUAUAUAUGAGAAAGAUACUGGCUUUAAGUACUUGUUGCAUAAAAGAUAUAUUUUCAUGUUUCUUCAAUUUCGAGUAGAAAUUCGUGAUAACAAAAUAAUAAUUUGUGAUGAAAUUUGGAAAGUAAGAUAAAUAUUGCACUUUCAUUUUGAGUACAAUAUGUCCAGUAGGAAAAAAGAAGGGAAGGCAUUUUUGAACUCAAAAUAGACAUCACAUGCACGAGCAAAGACAAAUUUUUUUAUAUUCACCUGUUAUUUUUAAGAUCUUGACAAUACUCAACAACCAGGUACUAGCACUGCACAAAUUCUUUGGAAAUUGCCAUUGUAGCAUCACAGAUUUUGAUAAAACAAAUAUACACACUCGAAACAUUUGUAUUGUGUGCAGUCAUUUUGUGUUCAAACAUUCUGGUUGAAGAAUACACUACUUAAAAUCAAAAUAUGAAUUUUUAUAUCUAUUAGUAUUAUUCAAUAAUAAACUAUACUUGUUGAA